CCAAAAUGGACGACUCCAAAUACAGUACCGCAAUGAGAAGAAACCUGGUGAAGCUAAGAAAAGAGACUUCGAACCUCCUCCAGGAACACAUCGGGACGUGAUCCGAAUGAUGCAGGUGGGCGAUCAUGGCAUUAUGGGGAUCAGAUAGAGAGCGGAAUCGCCUUGUGCAUACAAACAUCUGCAUAGGGAAGGGUUUUAGGUUCGCUUCAUCAGGGGCCUUCCUCGCUACGUCGCUGCCCAAGUCGCUAGAGGCUGUCCAGAGCCCUUACUAUGCGAUACGCCCAAUAUCUGAGAAGUGUACUGUAUUGCCUCUAAGCGAGAGCGGAGGGGAAUUGGUGCCAUUCCGGGGAUCUUCUGGGUUCUUUCUGGGGAUGGGAAAUACAUGGCGGCAUGAACCGCGUACAAGUACUGGUACAAGAGCUUGUCUUGAUCCUGCUACUGGUCUGGAUCCUGAUCCUGAUCCUCUUCGUUGAAGUGACCUGUCCAGAGAGACCUAUCGUAGCCGCCGCUGCUGACGCUGGCCUGCCUUUGCUUUUGACGUCGGCGCCACCAAUCUGGAACGACCACGGCCACGCAUCAUGAAAGAACGGAGACUCCUUCUCAUCUAUGACUGACACCUGUGACCGCUCUCCUCUAUCGCUCAAUCUCGAACCAUCGCGCUUUGCCAUCGUUGCCCGUGCAAAAUCAAGAAGAGAUCUCCUCCGCAACCUUGUGAGAUCAUCGGAGUGUGGUGGGGAAACAGCGGACGGGUCUGCGCCUUGCAGCGCUGGCACUGGCAGUGGCAUACAGUACUAGCAGCCGGCCAAAAAAAGACGAGCCGAGAUGCAUCACACGUCCUUUUCAAAUGGAGGAGGAGGUCUGUUCAAGGGAGGCAGUAUAUUCGGCUCAGGAAGUAAAACAUCCACCUCCUCAACCAGACCAACGACCAGCGGCGGUUCGCAUUCCAAUUCCAAUUCGACAUCUGGCGAUCCUGCCUUCUUCACUUCCUCUCCAUCUGCCUCCGCACCAUUCGGUCGCAAGGGUUCAUUUUCCGCAAAGUCACCCAAAGUCUACCACCGCGGUCGCAAUACCUCAAUUCCUGCAAACCUCUCACAGCCCGCAAACCCUGAGAACCGCGCCCGCUCCAAUUCUGCACACACCAGGACGGCACAUUACCACGGACUUUCCCUGACGGUUCCAGACUACAACCGUCCAGUAAAACCGUCAAGCGCAGACAGUUUCAACGCUACCGCUGCCGACGCUCUACACUCCCCCGGCUCAGAUACAAACUCGAUAGCUCCAUUUGAAAGUAUGCUGGCAAGGCCAGCUACAUCAGGGGCUUCCAAUGGACCCCCCAAUUUCCCGCCAUCACAGCCGCCAGCCAGUCCAACCAUGGAGAAUAUCCCCUUUCAACAUAUCCAAGAAACGGCUUCAAAACGAAUAUCAACUCUAGAUUAUCUGAGGAAAGCGUACGUAAAUCCCCAAGUUGCAAUCCCCUUAUGAAUUGUUAGAACUAGAUUCUAAAUUUCUCUCUGCGAAAUAGACAUGAAGGUCGUGUAUAUUGGUUCAACACACUCCUCUUCAACAAACCCGACCUCCAACGAAUGCCCUACUUCGACCACCGAAAAAUUGCCCGCCGCGCAACAAAUUACCUCCUCCUCGGCCUCUCCCUCCCCACCAUAAUCGACCUCAAUGGCUCUAACGCCACUGAGUUCCUCAGAACCCUCAACGCACUUCUCGCCGAAUUCGAAUCCUACCAAGCCAUCCACCCCUCCGAUGGCUCCUCCUCCCUCUCACGAGGUCGCUUCCCCCAGAUGUUCAAAAGAGCAACAGGAUCAGGUGGUAAGAGCCGCCGCACCAGUUCCGCAGCUGAGAUUGGACUGCCGAUGGGGAACGACUCGUUUGACAUGAAGUCGAAUUCGCAAAACGGGGGUGGCUCAGGCUCUGGGUCCGCGACGUCCUUUGCGGUGGGGGAAGCGGAUUUGUUGCCCGGGGAGGAGUAUACAUACCUGUUGACGCCGUCACUACCUUUUGAUCCGGAUUUCUAUGAGACGUUUGCGACACUUUGUGAUAUAUUGAUUGAUUGCUAUACGAAGCUUAUGAGUUUAAUUCCCUCGCCCAGGGAAUGUAGUCCCAAUGUGGCUGAGCUAUUCACCAAAGCGGAUGCCAGAGUUCGAAAGAUCAUUGUUCAGGGUGUUGUCAAGGAAUUUGAAGAUAGCAGUAGGACAGGGGUCAAACAGGAGGUGACCAGUGUGGGAAGGGUUGUACUUGGUGGAUUGAUAUGAGAGAUUUCUCUUUCUGCUUCACAUAUAUAUAUGGAUGGAAUGGAGUAAAAUAGAUGGAUGGAUUGGCGUUUCUUUUUUGGAGGAUUUUGCAUGGCAUGGCAUUACAUAUGUGGCAUGGAGGGAAUACCAUGGCGUGUUAGGGAUUGGGAUACAUGGGCAUGGACGAUUUAUGAGUUGGGAAUAUUGUACAGCCUCGAUGGACA